UCUCUCUUUCCCUUUCUGAAUCCAAUAAGUUAGUUUCGCUUCCGCUCGAUCAGGCUCAAGCUCAAGUUCGGGGUUUAUCAAAGCUGAUUCGAGUCUUCUUAAUUUUUAACCAAACCACUCUCUCUCUCUCUCUCUCUCUCUCUCUCUCUCUCCUGAAGGCUGUGUUUUUGGAAUCGGGAGAAAAAUGUCAGGGUACCCACAUGGAACACCAGGUUACGGUUACGGAGCACCACCGCCGCAAUCCUACGGAUCACCACCGCCACAGUCCUACGGAUCGUCUCCAUACGGUGGGCCACCGACGGCACAGCCGUACGCUCCCUACGGUAGUGCUCCGUCGGCACCAUACGAGAAGCCUCCCAAGGAUAAGCCACAUGGGAGCGGCGGUCCACCACCACAGCAACCUGGAUACGGUCCACCACCACCACAGCAACCUGGAUACGGUCCACCACCACCGCAGCAACCUGGUUACGGUCCACCACCACCGCAGCAGUCUGGAUACCCUCCUCCUGCCGGGUACGGAAGCCCAUUCGCUUCUCUGGUGCCUUCUUCGUUCCCACCGGGGACCGAUCCAAACGUGGUGGCUUGUUUUCAAGCGGCCGAUCAGGACGGUAGUGGAUUCAUAGAUGAUAAGGAGUUGCAGAGAGCCUUAUCGUCUUACAACCAGAGCUUCAGCCUUAGAACUGUUCACCUUCUCAUGUACCUCUUCACCGGUUCCAAUAACCGUAAGAUCGGACCCAAGGAGUUCACAGCAGUGUUUUACAGUCUUCAGAACUGGAGGUCAAUCUUUGAGAGGUUUGAUCGAGAUCACAGUGGAAAGAUCGAUGAAUCGGAGCUUCGGGAAGCACUUCUCAGUCUGGGAUUCUCCGUUUCUCCGGUCAUCUUGGGUUUACUCGUCUCUAAAUUCGACAAAAGUGGGGGUAAAAAUAAGGCAAUCGAAUACGAUAAUUUCAUCGAGUGUUGCCUCACAGUUAAGGGACUCACAGAGAAGUUCAAGGAGAAGGACACCAUGUACUCAGGUUCAGCAACAUUUACCUAUGAGUCUUUCAUGUUGACUGUGUUGCCUUUCCUUAUUGCUUAGAAGAGUGAAGCCAAUGGUGUGUAUGUGGUUAUUUUAGUUUGUGUUCUUCUCCACUAUGUAAACAGGAUUGUUAUUUAGUUUCUCCUGCAUACCUUCUAUGGAUUUGUAGAUUCUAUAGCGCUUCGAAAUGAAUUUAUCUUCGGUUA